AUGAUGAUCAACGACGAUAUAUCGAGCUUGCAGGGCUUCAACGACGACGUUCUGGCUUACUUUGUACACAGGUGGGCGCCUAAGGUAUCAAGCCUGCUUCGAAUUUGCUUUGGUAACAAGUCUUUAGAGGUGGAUUGGAGGCGCUCGUUUCACUUGAAUUUGAUUGCUCACACUACAUUUACUGUGACCGUUGCUAUUUGCAGUCAUCAGGACCUUCGGAAUCAUCAAGCUGAGCAAGAUAAACCAUUAUCUCCGAUAUACAAGGUAGUAAAGACUGUUUAUGCAUCUCCCAGCCGUGUCAACUUUCAUUUGGACUCGCAAAAGGAAGUGGAGACAACACCUGCCUAUCUAGAUAUUUGUUUUGCAGUCGAUGACUUUGACUCCACUUUUGAUGUUGUUGUAAGAAGAUUCUUCUAUUGUUUGUGUUGUGGCCAUUAGAUCAUUUAGACUUGUGAUGCCAAAAGUUACUAGCCAUAUAAUGUUGUUACCAGACAGAAUUGGUUUAUGUCAUAUUCUUUUGUCGUACUUCUUCUGGUCAUUUUGCUAUCAUCAGUCAUUCUUAAGAAACCGCCUGUUUGAAUCUUUCUGUCAUAAUGUUAGCACCUGUUACUUUUUCAGUUGUUUUGUUUUGCGAUGUAUCUAAAAUGUAAGCUGCAGGAAGUGAUUUUCUUUUCUGAUUUUCAGGUAUUGACUGAAACAUACCAUUGUUAUUGUGUAAUACUUA